UGAGCUUCUGGAAGGAAGCCAAGUUAGGGAUCUAAUUCACGAAGAGGACGGGCAGACGGUCCGUCGAGCCGCCCAGGAGAAGAAGCAGCCCAACCCAAAUUAAAUUAAGACAGCCCCCUGAAGCAUUCUCGGGAGGGUGUUUUCGACCGGAUGCAAAGCUAGUCCUUGCCACGCUGACAAGCACCGAGAUCUUGCAGCUGCUGCUAACUCUGCUGGUUGGUUUGCAGGAAAACCAACUUUCCCUGCAGCUUUGCAUUAAAAGCAACUUUUGCCGUGUUGCCGGCCUUGUGGAAAAAUUUGCUGGGAGGGUCUCGGGACCAUGCCGCACAACAUACCAUCCAUGAGCUCAGAUUUCCAGCAUUAUAGUUUCAGAAUGCCAAACAUUGGAUUCCAAAACUUGCCUCUCAACAUAUACAUCGUGGUCUUCGGCACGGCGAUUUUUGUCUUUAUCCUCAGUUUACUUUUCUGCUGCUAUUUGAUAAGAUUAAGACAUCAAGCUCAUAAAGAACUUUACGCCUACAAACAGGUUAUCCUAAAGGAAAAAGUCAAAGAACUCAAUUUGCACGAGAUCUGCGCAGUUUGUUUAGAAGAAUUCCGACCCAAAGAUGAACUGGGAAUUUGUCCGUGCAAACAUGCGUUCCACAGAAAAUGCCUCAUUAAAUGGUUGGAGGUCCGGAAAGUUUGUCCUCUCUGCAACAUGGCCGUCUUGCAGUUGGCCCAGCUCCACAGCAAACCGGAUCACCCCGGACCGCCGCAAGAACCCCUGCCCGGCACAGCCAACAUCGUAUAGCUCCCCGCCGGCUGCCCCUUUGUCCUCCCUAACAGACUCCAAUUCCCACAGUGACUCGUCAAUCUUUGACGCUGCUGCUCACGGCCUCCAAGCAUUUUCCCGGACCCCCUUUAUCUCAUGAAAAACGUCCGGGACGCACCGAAGGGGAAACCGAUGCUCCAACUAGGGGGGGAAAAAACCAAACAACCCCGACAGGACAGGAGCUGCAAGGACACAGGAACGCCGGCAAGUCUCCGGUUUUGUUUGUCUCUUAAUUUUUUUUUUUUCCUUUUUAUACGUGCACUUUACCGAGAGAUGCAUGUGGAGAAACUCAGUUGCCGGUCUUGGAUUCAGAUCAGGCGGCCAGAGAGAGAGGGAGAGGGAGAGAAAGAGAGAGAGAGAGAGAAAAAGGAAGACUCCAAAGAUAGAAGAUGCCAUGGGGAGCAAGCGCCCAUUUUCAGAGAGAGAGAGAGGACGCGACGUGAGGAAAUUGCUUUUUGAUUCCAGCAUUUGGGAUGAUCUUUUUUGCGAAUUGCUCGGGGAUCCUGGAGCUGAGAAAAUCCUUACUGGAAGAGAAGAGCCAGGAUAAGGAAAGAUUUUUGUGUCGUUCGUUGUAAUUCCCGGAACUUUUGGAUCGGUUAAAGGAGUUAGUUGCCUCCAGAAGGAAACACAGCUUUGUGAAAAAAACAAGAAUGGGGUUCUGCUGGAAUGGUGACUUUGGGGAAGGGGGGCCAUCGACGAUCUACCCGAGCCUCGGGAAUCCCCGUUGAAAAGGGAAAGGAGGGUUCUCGCCGACGUCGGCUAUUUUAAGAGGAGACAUUGUGGAACUGAUGAGGUCCCUUUCAGCCCAAAUAAAUUCCUUGGACUUUGGGGCAGGCCCUGCGACCUCCGUCUCUCGUUUCUCCUAAUGUGAAUUCUUUUUCGAACGGUUUGCCGGCACAGAAAGGCGUCUGCGGAAUUCGCGUGGAUUUGAUUUUCUUUCUUUUUUAAAGUUGAGAUACAUUUCGGGGGCCUGGAUGGAGUGUUUUAUAAAUGGGUUUUGCGAGAGUUACAGGGCAGAUUUGGGUAGUACGGUUCCUCCCGAGUAGAGAGUGGCGGUCGUUAAAAAAAAAAUAGUCUUCCCAGCCCAGGCUUCGAUUGUACACGUUGGUCGACCAAGAUGGAAAAUAAAUAUGCGAGGGAAAGUUGAGGAAUGGUGAAAACACCCACCCGUAUCUUGCCUGAAAUCUCGUGAUAUUGCCGAGAAUCAUGUUUUCCUCUUGUGCAAAAUCAGCCAGGACUUGUCAGAUUUUAGCAAAUGUUUUAUUACAAUUAUGGGGAAGCAACUGGAAUGGCUUCUACCCAUUGCACUUAUAUCAUCAUCAUCUUCUUUUAAUGACUCCCAUAAUCCCUUGCAGGGUGGAGUCUGGACAGUUGAAUGGAGGUGAGUGUUUACUGGCCAGAUGCCCUUCCUGUUGCCAAUGUGGAGUUAUAUUCAGCGGAUACAUUCUCAUUGUGCUCAGAGACAGAAAUAUCUGCCUCUACCAAGGAUCGAACUCACAGCCUCCCGGUCGUGAGGCAAGAGCUCCACCUCUAGGCCACCGCGCCACUCCCCCAUGGCACUUACGUCCCAUCUCCAAACUGGGGACUACCUGGGUGUGGGACUACAGCUCCCAAAAUUCCCAGCCAUUCCAAACUGAGAAUUCUGGGAACGGCAGCCCACAAAUAUCUGGAGGGGGCCAGCAAGCUACCGAAACGAGAAACGCUUCCUUUCCACAUCCUUUAUUUUCCGCUCACCAAAAUCUGGGCUUCCAUCCGAUUUAUGCCCUUUUUUUUUUAAUUAGGUUUUUUUUUUUCUUCAUUAGAAUCCAUUAAAUUGAUGGAGAGAAUUGACCUUAGCGAAUUGGACGUCUUGAAAACACCUGCUUGCGUUAGAAUGAGCAAGUUUCUAGACCUCAUUGUCCCCGAGAAAACUUUGGGUGCAUUUCAUAUAAGCGAGGCGGGAAGCGACCUCUUAAGUUUGAUUCUUUCUUUUUUUGUGUGGGGCGGUGUUAUUAUUUAAUUGUUUCGAAUUGUUCGGAGGAUGCAAGGAGGAGUUUCCUUAUCCAGUGUUAUAACCAUCAGUGUAAGUUUUUUUUCUAAUUUUGGGAUAGACCAGGAGUGGUAUUCACUUACUUUCGCUAUCGGUUCGCAAGUGUGAGUGUGUGCGCCCAGUGUCAAAAACGGGAUGUAAUGACAUCCGGGUGGCUGGGCGGAGCUUCCCACAGAACGCUACCGGUUUGCCCGAACCGGAUGCCACCGCUGGGAUAGACCAUGGGCAUCCAAUCUUGGCAACUUUUUAAAACCUGUGGACUUCAACUCCCAGAAUUCCCCAGCCAGCCAUGUCAAAGCUGGGACACAGUGACAUACGACUCUUUUUUCGGGCCCGCCGAUAAGAAAAUUUCCUGAUUUCUGGCACAAAAUUUAGUGGAGGUGGCGAGAACGGCCUAGGCACAUAAUUUGAAGAUCCAAGUCCAGUGGUACCCCUUCUUUCUCCACCACCCCCCAAAAAACCAUCAUUUUGUAAAUUGUGUGACUCUUGAGAGUUUAUGAACCUUAGGGAAUCCAACCUGGAUUCAUAGACACAUUUGUACACUAAAAUAUAUAUAUAUAUAUAUAUAUAUAUAUAUAAUUCUGCAGCAGAAUUUUUUUUUUUUUUUAAGAAAAGGACAAAGAAAACAAGUCGCUGGGGUUUUAUUUUGUAAGCUCUAUUUUUGUAUAUUUAAUUGCUAUUUUAAAAUUCUAAUGUGUCUUUUUUGCUAAUCGCAACACUCUUCUUAAAAAAAAAAAAAACAGCAACCCCGAACGGGGCAGGUGGGGGGGGGGAGGCGGGUU